AUAUAUAUAUAUAUAUAUAUAUAUAUAUAUAUAUAUAUAUCAGGGCUAGAAGGUUUCAGUUUACAAGUUCCAGCAGCAAGAACGUCUCUGGACAGCGACCGCCAUUCAAAUAAGGAACAACGCUGGCCCUCUCUUCAAACAUGCAUAUCUACAUACUUGCCUUCAUUUCUGCAGUGUCACUUCUGGAACAUAACACAUGGAGUGCAACGAACGGGAUUAUGUCAUCUGCGUCCAUAACGAAGUCAGGGACUUCGGAUGUUGCUCCACCUAAAACGAAAGAAGAAGCUCCACAAUGCUAUCUGCCUCUUGCACGGGGUGUUCCGUGCGACAAACCGCAACCGUCAGAAAGAUGGUUCUUCAAUGCCACAAAAAAUAGGUGCUCAAAAUUUACAUACCAGGGAUGUGAAGGCAACGAUAAUAACUUCAGCGGUUUCCGGGAGUGCCGGAAGUCGUGCAGAAACCAGGCAGAAAGACGUCGACAGAGACAGGAAAAACUUGCCGAAAUCAGUAGUGUCACUUUCGCCGACGAUCUAGCGGACGAUAAAUGCAGCUUGCCUUACGAUGGUGGUAAGAAAUGCACAGAAGGACCGAAGAAACCUGAUGAGAAAUGGUACUUUAAUAGCACAACUCGGAAAUGCGUUCCUCUCACUUUUCUUGGAUGUGGUGGAAAUAUAAAUCAAUUCCCAGAUCAGGAUACAUGCCAAGAAACCUGCGACCCGUAUCUUUACUACAUGGACGAAGCUGACACAAACGGCGAAGAGGAGAAUAAGCAGUCGGACGAUAAUGAGAGCAGGGAUAACGCAACGCCAAAGGAGUCUGAAGCGGAAAGUGAAGUAAACCUCGCCGAAAUGCAGUAGUCAUACGGUGCAAUAAAGUGGUCUCUCACACUGUUA